ACUAAUUUCUUGGGCUCCCUGUGGACAAAUGGUGGUCCGUGUUCAAAUUUUGAUGCGAGUUGACCGUUAUGAUCAUUCAAGCGUGUUUCUGUGCAUCGAUGUUACACCAACAACAUGUCAUUAGAGUAUUUCCCAAACGGUAUAGAAAACUUGAAAAAUACAAGCAAAAAGCUUCUUGAUAAAUGCGAAUAUGCUAUGUUCAAAAGCGCUUUAAAAGACUUCGGCCAAGAUGGAUGCGUUUCGAAGAUGUGUUCGAAACUCUCGUGUAUUGCUUGGUCUUCUAGAAAGAUCGAAAUCUUGUCAGAAAUGAGGAAAGAAUUACCAAAGAGUCGCCAAGCAGAGUUCAGUACGAUGUGUAAAUUUGUUUUACACCAGCAACAGAAGACUUGCAAACGUCCCACAGGAAAUGGGAUGUCGAAAGAGAAUACUCAACCAAGUCCCUGUAAGAGACGAAAGAAAACGUCCGGCAUCCUCGGAAUUGGUGGGGUUAAAGGGAAAAGAUUUUCUCAAGUGAGGAAAUUGUUUGAAAGAGACGGGAAUCCGAGAAAACAUCAAAUAACGUCAGGAACAAACAGUGAAGAUAUGGUUGAACCUACUUUUGGCCAACUGGGAAAUGUCCGAGUUGUGAUAUUGGAGAGAAAAUCUAGGCGUACUGGGUUUGGGUUUAAGAUCCAAGGAGAAUUACUCAAAGAGAUGGAAAUCGUUGUAUCGCAGGUUGAUGAAUGGUCUAUAGCGGAGCGGGCCGGGCUGCAGAAGGGUGAUCGUAUCCUAAGGUUGAAUGACGUGUGCUGUGAACGUGCUAUAAAGCUUGAUGUUGUCAACUUGGUGAAGUCUGCGAAUGUUGUGAAGCUAUGGCUCAUCAGUGCCCUGUCAAAUCCCCCCACAGAUGUCGGACCAGCUGUUGCAUGUAGACAUGCCCCAGGAUGCAAGCAAGUUGUUGUACAUACUGAUAGUGAUGGGUGGUUGGGUUGUAGUAUCAGAGGAGGAGUCGACUAUGGGUGUGACCCCCAUGUCAUCGUAGUGGAAGAUGGCUCACCUGCAGAAAGAGCAGGUGUAAGGAAAGGAGAUUUUAUCCUUCAGGUAAAUGGAAAUGCUGUCAAGGGAUUGCCUCAUUUUCAAAUUGUUCGGCUGAUUAUUACUGCUGCUUCUCCCAUAAAGCUCACACUAAAGCCGGGCUCUGAAAGAUCUUCUCAGAGAAGGUUGCAAAGUGAAGCUCUCCCCAGCACGCCAGUUAGAAAUCAACAAAGGCAGGGGCCAUAUGCACGAUGCCCGCCAUUAUCAAGCACUCCUGUACAGCUCCCUGGAUACUGGGACACAUGCAUCCAGCCUAUAGCUGCCCAGGCCCAACAGUCGCCAUCAAUAAUUCCAUUGCAUACUAUGACUUUAGCAAGUUCCCCACCACCUCCAUACACUGCUGAGCCAUUAACGGAACAUAGAGUGCUAGAAAGGGGGGCGGAGCUCAGGAGUACUGCCUGUUCCGGAGAACAUAUUGGGGUACUAGCAAGGAGUAUGCCAUUAGAAGUUGAUGAGAAUAUGGAAAACAGAGCUGAAAGUUUGGUGAUGCAAGCCAAAACCUUAGCUUUAAGGAGUCAAUCAAGCAAUGAUUUUACGCACUUAAAUUCAACACAUCUAGGAGAACCUUACACAAGUUAUAAUGCAUUAGGUAAUGAUAGCCAUUUAGGAGACAUUAAUAUAAGAAGGGCUCUUAGUUUUAACGAUAUAAUUGAUGACCCAGUUGAAGGUAGUGUGAAUACUGAACUGCCAACUCAAUCACAGCCAAGGGCUGGUUCAAUUUUAGAUGAGAUUAAGAAUUUCAACAGACAGGAAAACAGAGCUGAAAGUUUGGUGAUGCAAGACAAAACCUUAGCUUCAAGGAGUCAAUCAAGCAAUUAUUUGAUGCACUUAAAUUCAACCCAUCUAGGAGAACCUUACACAAGUUAUAAUGCAUUAGGUAAUGAUAGCCAUUUAGGAGACAUUAAUAUAAGAAAGGCUCUUAGUUUUAACGAUAUAAUUGAUGACCCAGUCGAAGGUAGUGUGAAUACUGAACUGCCAACUCAAUCACAGCCAAGGGCUGGUUCAAUUUUAGAUGAGAUUAAGAAUUUCAACAGACAGGAAAACAGAGCUGAAAGUUUGGUGAUGCAAGACAAAACCUUAGCUUCAAGGAGUCAAUCAAGCAAUUAUUUGAUGCACUUAAAUUCAACACAUCUAGGAGAACCUUACACAAGUUAUAAUGCAUUAGGUAAUGAUAGCCAUUUAGGAGACAUUAAUAUAAGAAGGGCUCUUAGUUUUAACGAUAUAAUUGAUGACCCAGUCGAAGGUAGUGUGAAUACUGAACUGCCAACUCAAUCACAGCCAAGGGCUGGUUCAAUUUUAGAUGAGAUUAAGAAUUUCAACAGACAGGUACUUAAACAGGUCGAAAACAAGUAUGAGUCGCCAGAUGAUUGUGGUAAUAGCUGUGACCCUGGAGCAAUGGCUGAUAAAGGAGAUUUGAUGGCAGUCAUUGGAGAGGCUAUGGCAAAGAGGGCUAGAGCCAUGCAUGACGCACUUGAAAGUGAACUGGAUAUUUCUUCUGACACAGAGUGGGAUUUUUUAUUAUAGAUUUUUGUUGGUUUGUGGAUUUAAAUUAAUGCCCGUGUAACUAGACAAAAUAGAAGUAACUAGAUUUAACCACUGUAGUUUGUAAGGUUGUAAAUUUAAUUGUGUAGGAGCAAUUUAUUGUGAAAUAAAUUGAAAGAACAGUAAAAA